CUGAUGUAACUAUAGAUGGCCAAUGGGCUGGGUUUUUUUCGAAAGUCUGAAAGCCCGCCGGGCUUGGGCCCGUUGCUGCCCGACCCGACGACCCGUCGUGCGUUUCAGCCGCACUUCCCGACCUCAGCGGCAGCGCUCCGCCCCACAGGUCCUGAGGUCCAGCAGAAGAAACACUGUCGCACUCCCUACCUUCGAAACAACCGAAAGGGGAUCGACCAAGAACCAGAGAGCAUCGAUAUGGAUCCGGCGACGGGGGCCAUCGGCAGCCUGCUCCCCAAGCUGGAGGAGCUGCUCGGCGACAAGCUGCGGAAGAGCGUGAGGAAAGAGGUGCUUUUUCUCAAGGAGGAACUGACCAGGAUUCAGCUGGCCCUCAGCGACCUGGAAGACGUGCCGGCGGAUCAGCUCAGCUCGCAAAUCAAGGGCUGGGCCAGGCAAGCGAGGGACCUCAGCUACGACAUCGAGCACGCCGUCGACAGGUUCCUGGCUCGCCGGUUGAGGGCCGCCGAUCCGCCGGCGGCCGACCCCAGCGAAAUCUUCGGCAAGUUCAGCUCCAAGGUGGCGAUUACCAAGGCUUCUGCCCGGUUCGCCACCGACAUCGGGAGCUUCAGGCAGCCUAUCAUGGAAUUGGGCGGGCGACCUGACAGGCCCAACAUUGCUGCUCCGAGGGCUGCCGGCGAGCUUGUUGACCCGGCGGGCGAGCUCGUUGACCUUGAUGCCCGAGUGGAGGAUCUGGUCAAGAUCCUCACGGAGGAGAAGGAGCAGGGGCGACUCAAGGUCGCUUCGAUUCUUGGGCGUGCAGGCGUGGGCAAGACCACUCUUGCGAACCUGGUGUACCAAAGACUUAACCAGCAAUUCAAGUGUACAGCUUGGGUCACGGUUUCUCCCAAGCCUGACAUCAAAAAUGUUUUGUGGACAAUGCUCUGUCAGAUUAGUCCACAAGACCAUGAUGAUUUUGGAUCGUUCAAUGUGGAAGAAACCAUCGGCGAGAUCAGGAAAGCCCUCAUGUAUAAAAGGUACUUUAUUGUAGUUGAAGAUAUGUGGGAUGUUAAAGCAUGGGAAACUAUCAAGUCUGCUUUGAUUGAAAAUGGCAACAGCAGUGCAGUUCUGAUGACAACCUGCAAAGUUUCCAUUGCUCGUUCUUCUGGAAUUUAUCGAUUGAGACCGCUUCAAAAAAACUCCUCUAGAAAAUUAUUCUACCGAAGAUUGUUUGGUUCUGGAGACAGCUGUCCUCCUGAAUUAGCAGACAUGUCUGAAAAGAUUUUAGAAAAAUGCAAUGGUAUACCAUCAGCCAUCAUCAAGGCAGCCAAUUUGCUAGCUGGCAAGACACAGGAAGACUGGCAUACAGUGCUUGAGUCCAAUAAUUUAGCAGAUUCAUAUGAUACCAGAAGCAGAUAUCUCUCUUACACUGGUGUACCUCGCCAUCUGAAAUCUUGUUUGUUGUAUUUAAGCAUGUUUCAGAAGGGUUAUGAGAUCAUUGUGGACCGCUUGAUAUGGGGUUGGAUUGCUGAGGGUUUCAUUCCUGAACAUGCUGGAACGACUGUGCAGCAACUAGGAGAGGAGUACCUCAGUGAGCUGAUGGAGAGAAAGUUGAUUGAAGCAGUGGAGGUUGAUGCAGGUGGCAAGGCUCUAUCGUGCCGUGUGAACGACACGGGGCAUGACUUGAUUGUCUCUUUGUCAACUGAAGAAAGCUCUGUCACCAUAUUUAAUGGUCGGCAAGGCGGACCUUUGCCACAGACGGUUGGGCGGCUAGCCAUCCAGGGAAACAAUUUAGACUUGCCAACACAAGUGCGAUUGUCCAGUGUGAGGUCACUUGUUGUCUCUGGUGAUGCUAAUUUGUUUUCUGAGGAAAGUGGUGGUACUAAGCUGAUGCCAUUCCUCUCAAAGUUUGAAAAUUUACGUGUUUUGGAGGUAGGGGGCUGUGAUUCUUUGCAAAGUGACCAUCUCAAGGGUAUUGGGAGUUUAUAUCUUUUGAGAUACCUGGUAAUUGAAGGUAAUUGUAUCACCGACGUACCGAAAGAUAUCGGCUAUCUAGUCUUUCUGCAGAUAUUGGAUUUAAACGCAACUAGUCUGAAAGAAUUGCCAGGGAGUAUUGUUCAUGCUAAGCAAUUGAAAUGUCUACGUGUUAAUAGACACACGAAAAUACCACAUGGAAUUGGAAAAAUGAAAGCUUUGGAAGAGCUAGGAGACAUGAAUAUCAGUAACCCAGAGUUGCUGAAAGAGCUGUGCGAGCUGACUGACUUGAGGGUUCUUAGAAUUGUCAUAUGGUCAUGGGAUGAUAGUUACGAUGACGCACUUCUCAGUUAUCUAGGUUCACUAAGCAGGCAAAACAUCAAGAGUCUAUCUAUUUUGACUUGCUGCUCCUUACAUGUCUUGGAUGAUUUGGAUGCUGGACAAGCCCCUCCAAGCCUCAAAAAGCUUGAGAUAAGGCAUAGCACAUUCCUUUCAUUGCCAGGAUGGAUUUGCUCACUUGAGAGACUUUCCUCUUUAUGCAUUGAGGUCUACAAGCUAUCACAGGAGAUCAUUGACAUCCUUGGGCGAUUGCAAAAUCUUCUUGUUCUCUCCCUGACAUCGAAGCAUGUCCCAGAAGGCAACUUCAAUGAUGGAUUCAGAAAUCUAACAUGCUUCCACUUUUUGAGUAAUGCUGUAGGGAGGAUUUUUGGACCCGGAGCUAUGCUAAACCUCAAAAGGCUUAAUCUUUCAUUUCAAGCAUCACAUACCAAAGAUGUAUUUCAUGGUUUCGAUUUUGGGUUGGAGAACCUGUCUUCCUUGGAGCAUUUAAGUAUUGAAAUAAUCUGUUUCAAUGCCAAUCUUCGGGUAGUGGAGGAUGCAAAGGAUGCUAUUAGGAGGGCAAUAUACAGGGGCCGCAGCCGUGGGGCAAAUCUUGUAAUAAGCAGAGUCCGGGAAGAUGGGAUAAUAGAAACUGCAAAGGAGGAAGAUAUGGUAGAGAGUGAAAAGGAACAAGAUAUCAUAGAAAAUGAAGAAGAAGAAGAAGAAACAGUUAUAAAACAAGAAAAGCAGAAGGAAACUAAGAAGAUGAAGAAGCUCAGAAUUGCAAAGAAAAAGUUCCGUCAAAAGGAGAAAGGAACUAUUAGAAAAUAUAAGAUUGUUUCUCUUCAUCUCAGAAGCCAAACUUUGACCUUGCAAGCUCUCUAAUACUACAGGCCUGCAAGUAAAAAAGCUCUAUUAUUGAUGUGUUAAAUGUUGGUGUUACCAACUGGAGGUGAAGGCUUUGAGACAUGAUGACCGGCAAAUUCAAUCCCUCCAAGAUGAGUGAUUCAAAACGUGAGAGUUUCUUACUAUUUUGAUGGCACUGUGUUGUAUCAGAUCAGAUGUCUGGUAUUUCUAUUUACUUUAUUAUUGUCUGCUAAUAGUUGGACAGUUAAUGACCUUCUGGGCUAUGCCAUUGUUGAUUCUUAAGCCAAGUACUUAAUUCUUAGUUUCGGUAACUUGCUUUCAUCAUGAAUCAAAUGUUCUAUACUUAGGCGCUGCUUGGAUUGUUGUAUAUUUUGUGGGAGAGGCUGGUAUCCCAGGAAAAGAUAUAACAAACCAAGCAGGGCCUUAUGGGUAUAAAGCAGUAAGCUCCGAACAUCAGAGUAGCUCUUAUCCAACCCAAGGGGUUAACAGGUUAAGUUAGAACCCCACCAAUCAGUUGGUAACCCAGCCCAUGGCCCAUGAGCCAAUCGCCACUCUCCCGCCUAACCUGUUUUUACUUUGUAUUCUCUGUCUCUUAAUUAUUGUUGUAAAUCUUAAA